GUUUGGGUUGUAAAUCUAAAUCUGGUGAAGUGGAAACAUCCACUUUGGGUGGAGAGUAUCUUUCUUUUCCCCUCGAUUCUUCUCCUCACAUUCACUCUCUCUCCUCUUUUUACAAAUCUAAUCUUUCGUUGUCUCUCUUCCAAAGGCUUUCCAUACUGCGUUUUUCAUAAUGUCGGAGAAAGUCUUCCCUUCCGCCAAGCCAGCCGCUACGGCGGUUCCGCCUGCUGUCAACGGCGGAGCUCCAGUGAAUAUGAAUGGUACAACAGCCAACGGUGGCACGACAAAAUCCCACCUUUAUAAUCCAACUUCUCGUCCACCUUACCGUCCACAACCCUAUCCCCGUCGCCACCGUCCACGGCGGAACUAUUGUUGCUGCUGCUGUUUCUGGACUAUCCUUAUAAUUCUCAUCCUUGCUCUUUUGGUAGCCAUAGCUGGUUCCGUGUUUUACGUCCUUUACCGCCCUAAUCGACCUUCGUUUACCCUUGCUUCCCUCCGUAUCCACCGCUUGAACUUAACAACCACCGGCGAUUCCUCUUCCUCCCAUCUGUCAACCCUUUUCAACUUAACCAUUUCCUCCAAAAACCCCAACUCCCACCUUUCCUUCUCUUACGACCCUUUCGUCGUUUCAUGCGUGUCGAGCAACAGUGAUGUUUUUAUAGGCAACGGGACAUUACCCGCUUUCGUGAGUAACAGCAAAAACGAGACAACUUUCAAAGGGGUGGUGGUAACGACAUCAAUUGAUCUAGAUGCAGAGACGGUCAACAAUUUGAGACCGGAUUUGAAGAAGAAGAAUGGGAUCUUGUUGAAAGUUCAGAUGGAUACUAAAGUGACAGUGAAAAUGGGUGGAUUGAAGAGCAAGAAAGUUGGGAUCAGGGUUUCGUGUGAUGGGGUUAAAGGGGUCCUGCCAAAAGGUAAAUCGCCAUCGCUGGCAAAUGUUUCUGGAGCCAAGUGUAAGGUUGAUCUCCGAAUCAAGAUCUGGAGAUGGACUUUUUAAGAACUCAAUCACAAAGUCUCAAAUCCCAAAUAUUUUUAUUUACAUGUAUUUUUUUUCUUUUCAUUUUUUACUUUUUUCAAUGCUUUUGAUUUUUUUUAAAUAACUUCUAUUUUUGUGUUUGUAAAAGGAAAUUAUGAAACAAAUCAAAGAAUCAAUGGAGGGUCAUUAGAUUUAGGAAAGAGAGAUGAAGAUGGUGAAACUAGUUUUGUUUAAAGAUUUUUAUAUAGCUUUGCUGCUCUGGUGUUUUUUCAAUUUUAUUUAUUUCAUGAAUGCAUUAUAAUACCUUGAAAGAAUUACUAUCAAUAAUUAUGGAAAUUUCAUUUCAUUUCCACCA